AUGAAACGACCUGUCCUGUACCAUGUUCUAUAUCAGAAUAUGGAGAAAUCAGCAACCACGCCUCCCGGCUCGGUAUCUGAAGCAGACCGUCAUCUCGAGCCAUGGGUUUUAGAAAUUUGCCGCGAUUCAAUCGAAAGCGCCAAGCUUAUCAUCCUUGUACUAGCUUCCCAAUCGCGGCACCUGUCAGGAGGCUUACCUGCUAGCUCUCGUCUCCCUUUAUCUCCUCUUCAUGAAGACCAAUCAUCUCCGAGCUAUUUAUCAUGGACAGAUGUACAACUUCUCGUCGGUGCCUAUGCGUUGCUGCUAUCUGUGCAGACGGCUGCAUCGUUUUCUUUCGCUUUCCGUGAAAUUACAGAGAUUGGUGAGAUCUUAGACUCUGCAGAAGAUGUCUUGUCGGGAAUAUCAUCCCAAUCAUCGGGCUAUGCGGAUACGCUGGAGAUUCUAACGAACAUUCGACACACCUUCCAAAACUCGACUCCCUUGGCCGGCUUAUGA